AACGAAACGUUCAGUUACUGAUUGUCCGUUACGGGGAGCGCGUGUCGCCUGCGAUCCCAAGCCGGUGCGCGAGAGCAUACACGACACAUACAUAUUUAUUGACACUCACGAUUUGUUUGGAGAUCAAAUUUGACAGGAACCAGUGCGUCUUUCGCAGUGUAUGUGCUUCCUCAUUGGAUGAGUUGACCUGAUCAGCUGAAUAGAAAACCCAACAGUGCAGAGUAUCAGAUAUAGCAUGCUGACGAGGUGGUUGGCGCUGGCGCUGGUGGUGGCGUGCUGUCGGGUCGCCGACGCCUGCACGUGCCCGCCCGCACACCCACAGACACACUUUUGUAACAGCGAUUUCGUGAUCGUUGGUCGAGUACAGAAGACGUUUCGUGGCAAAGAUUUUUACGACGCAUACAAAUUGAAGAUUCGAAACACUUACAAAGCGACACCAAAAGCGAAGGUGGCUCUGCAAUCCGGCCGCCUAUUAACACCGUCUCAGGAUUCCUUGUGUGGCGUGAGCCUACAGCCGAGGGAGACCUAUGUUAUUACAGGUCGAGUAGUUCACUUGGAAGCUCACGUGCACUUAUGUGGUUUCGUCAGCAAAUGGCGUGAGGUCACACCUCGUCAAAGAAAAGGAUUCCGUCUACUCUACAAGCAGGGUUGCACUUGCAAAGUCCACAUGAACCGACGGCGGUCCAAGUCGCCGAACGCCUGCACGACAGGCUACAACGAGUGCUACGAGCGACACGGCAUCUGCCUCCAUGACCGCGAACACCGGUGCCGCUGGACUAGGGCUCCCGCUCUCACGAGGUGCCUCCAAGCGACGCACUUCAAUAGCACCAUGACUUGAUUCAUCACUACGAUGCCCAAGUUCACUCUAAAAUGUACCUUUUGAACAUCUCAUUACGUCGUCCUCGUGAAAAAUUACAAAAUCAUUCACACCCAUUACUAAUCGAACGCAACAGAGCAGCUGUUAUACUAAACCAAACAUUAUUUGUAAUAACAUUAGAUUCAUUUUCGAUGUUA